GGUUCAGCCAGAAAAGUGUCAAAGGGCAGCGAUUCUACUCGUUAAUAUACCAGAACUCCGAGAAGUAGGCCUAUAUUGUAUUACGUGGAAAUCUCCAGCGGCUUGAUACAGUGAUAGUGUAUACACUUGUACAGUGUUGCGGUUUUUUCAUCAGUAUUUAGAGGACAAAAUUCAAAAUGGAUGUUGUCAGAAGUUUACUGUGGAUUUGUAUACUCGUUUCCCCGGCGUUUGUAUAUUCUGUCGAGCUUGGCCACGAAGGGCGGAGCAGCCCGGGGGUGGUGGAGAGUCCGGCUUACCCACGGCCUUACCCUAAAGAAUCUCGCUAUAGCUGGAUGUUUGAGCGGCCGUACGGAGCCUGGGCCGUAGUCUUUGAGGAGAUGGAUAUUGAAGAGACUGAAGAUUGCAGGGACGACUACUUGCUUAUCAGAGACCCCAUCACCAAUCGUGAGUUGAUACGGGCGUGUGGAGAACAGCUUCCAGAUCCGGUGUACAGUGCCGGUCCCAAGAUCCUGAUCUCUUUCCACUCAGAUCUACUGAAAGAAGGCAAAGGUUUCCGAUUGCAUGUGUAUCACGACCAAACACCAGAGGCUCUUCGUGCCCGAUUGUCACAAAACCCCACAACUGAUGAGAUCAAGCCAGCAGAACCUGCUGAGGUGCUCCUCAGCCGAGAUGACAUUCUGAUAUACUCACUCUCGUUGGCUCUGCUAAUCGCCAUCUUGGUUCUCAUUUGUCUGGGUGGUUGGACGGUCUACCAUCAUUGCUUCCGGCCCAACCGAAAACCGUGCUGCGGAUGUUCGGGUAUGUCCGGUACCAAGGAAACCGUCAUCAACAUGGAGCCCGUCCAGGCUCCCCGAUCGGGCAAGAGGUAUUCCAAACCCAGGCUGAAGCAACCGCAGCCUGUUGUCAGGGACGAUGGCAGCUCCAACGUCUAUCUGCCAAUGCCUGACCAUGAGACAGUAGACCAAUCACAUGACUCCUUUCAGGCGAUUUCAAGGGCGGGCACUGAUGCGGGCGGUACUGAUCGUUUGCCGCUUUUCCAUACCUCACAGGCAGGACAGUUCGAAGAGGCCAAAUUCAUUGGAGUCAUGUAGAUGUUCUUUCUUCACCAAUACGAUGACAGACUGAUUAUUUUCCAUUGAACUUAUAACCUCUGCUAGCAGUAUAACAAGUGCUGUUUGAACAUUAUUGUUAAUAUAAAAAUAACUCCAUGGCCGUUUUCACAAAGCCAGGUUUGACUUAAGUCAAAAUGUAAAAUUUGAUAUAAACUCUUAUUUUUGGACCCCAUGCAGGAGUUAAAAUUGGGAACACCUAACAAGUUGUACAUUAAGGUAAAUGUUUCACAAUUUGAGCUUCUUAGACCGUAGACACCGCAACAGAGUGAAGUUUUAAAUUUUGACUUAAGUGAAAAAUCAUCCUGGAUACAGGUCAAGUCAUCGCCACAGCGACAUUAUCUCUGACAGCAAAGAUCAGUUAGUGGGGAUUGUAUUGAGAAUCUGGUGCAGAUAAGAAUGUCGUCUUCCAGCGACAUAUUUUAUAUUCACAUUGAAUGGUUUUAUUUUUCAUAUUUUUCAUUAUCAGCGAGAUGUUAUCACAUCUGUCAGAAACAAUGCAUCACGAGGCUUUCGUUAAUGAGGCACAUAAUCUGUGCUGCUAGUCUACUAUCGGCUAAGCCAUUAUGCAUAGAGCCGUGACUAAGACUACAGGAAAAUCCUAUCUCAUAUGUUAGCAAAUCAGCAUCGAUUCUGUAUCCCUUCAAGUGAAAACAGGUUAAAUUUCUAAGGAAAACCAGAACAAAACUUGAAAUAUUAAGGCGGUUCAAAAUGAAAUAACAAAGUUGCCUUGUAUAUAUUGUUUUACUCGCUGUACCGUAUUAGUUGAAACGAUUGAAUCCAUCCAAGCAAGCAAUAUCUGGCCAAUCUCACAAAAGGCUCACUUUCAAUUUUGGUGAUUUUAUUUAUUUUUAAAUUAUAUAGUCAACAUUAUUUGGAUUAAAAUAUUUUAUACCAUUAGUAGUUCGACCAAAAAUUGUGGAGAAAACUCAUUGCUACUAUAAAAGAUAAAAACAGUAUUUCAUGAAAAAGAAGAAAAAAAAAUUCAACUCAAAAGUGUAUUUUCGUCAAUUUUCAUUAUCUUUUUUCCUCUGUGAUAAAACUUUUUUUCUUUUUGAAUAACGUUUAAAUAUCUUAUAGUCUUCUGUGUUUACUUUUAUGUUUUCCUUUUUUUGGAAUGAAAGUAAUCCUUACGUUUCAUCACGGUUUACUGUACAUUAUAAAAAUGUACGUAUUUGAUGUGUAUAGCAUGUAAAUAAUGUAUGUUUGUUUUGGGCAUUUUUGUAUAUUAUGUACUUAUCUUUGAAGCCGUAGAAGACAGGUAGCUGAGCAUGCGCGAUACGUAAGCAUUUGACCUACAGUAUAUGUGAUGUCCAGUCGAAUCAUUUUGAUCGAGUCACGUUUCUAGAGUUGAAUUCCUGUUCAGGAAUUAAAAGUUAAAUUUAAAAAAAAAAGAAAAAAAAGAAAGAGAUGAAUAUGUAAAUGUACAUUACGUUCUAGUUCUAAUGGUUCACGUAGGGGAUAAACUUAUCUUUUCAUUGACAAUAUGAUAUUUUUGUGGAACGUAUGGUUAUAUAUUCAUAACAGGUUGGGUCUGACUUGCCAAAACUAAUUUAAAGCCAAGGUAUAUGUUUUUGCCUCGUUUGGCAGUACCCAGAAAUGCAGCCGUCUGACUUGACUAAUCAGCUAAUGGCAUUACUGAAGUCAACAGAAUGAGUAUAGUUGUUCUUACAGUACCGCAUGGUGUGUCCUUCUUGGCGACAUUUGUAGCAACAAAAGCUUUAGUUUCGUGUGGUUAAGAUUGAGUCGUCUACUGGCAUUAAUUGUAAACAUCUGGAUAUCAGUUUUAUCUGCCUUGAAAAUACUGAUGCCACAAAAUUAAUAUCUACCAUAACUCGUCAUUUUUCAUAUUGUUGCCAUGAUGAUGUUGCGAAAGAUAUAUCUAUGUAUAAUAAGCUUUAGAUGUGUUUGAUCAUUUUACUUUUGUUAUAUUGUUUUAAAGCGGAUGUACAUAAUUUGACGUCGACGUUCUGGUCUCUUUUUUUACUGUAAUAUCAACUUACAUAACUAGACAUGCAGUGAGCAGAUAUAGCUCUGGGUGACCAUGCAUCUCGUUCAGCCCCAUUUCACCCCAUUCCCUGCCUCAUUUUCACAUUUACAAAGAAAGUACAGACUUUGAUUUGAUGCAUUUUGAGCGAAUUUGUCCACUCGAUAGUUCAUGUCAUGUGUAGUUUGAUUAUGUGCAUAGGUCGAUUUUUACUUGAUGCCAAACUGGCAGGAGUUGUAUAUAUCUCUCUCAUUUAUGACUUUGGUGUUCGCCUUCAGCGAUAACGUAGGGCCUAUAUAUCUUUGGUAGUUCACUUGAUGUAAAGUGUACAGAGAUGUUGCAGGCUUACUUUUGGUAUAUGAACGAUUGGGUCCAUUGGUAACUUCGGGUUAUAAACUCUACAUUCUUGUAGAUACUGAAGAUUAUCUCAUCUUGGUUCAAGCAGCGAUUAUUUCCCUUUGGUACUCUACGUUUAACAGCCAUACAUAACCAUGCAGUAGUCAGGUUUCUGUUUCUUGUUACUAAGGCUGAGAGGAUAAUUCAUUUCAAUAAUGACUUUUCUUGCAGGAAAUGAAGGUUAAAAUACAUGAACUAAAAACUAUGUUUUUUCAUUAUAAAACGUUACUUGCGAACAAAGGGAGGUAAUAGUGUUGGUGUGACGCCAAACAUGGAACGCAGAAAUUGAUCACGAUAUAGUUUGUACAUACGGGAGAUGAAUGCAA